AUGUUGUUUUUGCUCGGAAGCCUUUGAGCUUCCGAGGUUUUGAUGCUUGAGCCACCGGGCUUCUCGGCUGCUCAAGCAUGCUGGAGCCGCCCUGUGCUCCCUCCUCCGAUGACCCUUCUGGGUCUAUCAGCUUUUGUGUCCCUUUUCGAUCUGGCCACCGCCGGCUUGGAUCUCUGCCGCGGCGUCCUGGAGAUUUCGCACCAUCCUCUCUGGAGUAGAUUGAAGGGUGUUCCAUGGCUGGAUCGGUCGACCAUAGGUUGCUUGAGUGACUUCACCUCCCUUCCUCCUCUACAUCGAGUCUACUCUGCUUUGCUUCUCUAGUUUGUUCUUUUCUAUGUCUGUUAUCCUUAUCUUUUUGGAUAAGGUCUGAAUGUAGAUGUCGUAUGGCAGUUUCCCUAAUGCAUUGCUAAUUACCUUUUCCUCAAAAAAAAAAUCAAAGAAAAUGUGUUUUUUUCA